CGUCUUUGUAUAGCAGAACGAGGCUUCAUCAGACAGACGUUCAGAUAGAUACCCAACAUCUGCGUGACAUGCACACUGAGCGCUGGAUGCCCCUGUGACAGCGAGACGCAACCCCCGACCGCAGCUCCCGGUGCCGCACUACAUCUGCCUCACACAUCACAACAGCUGGUAUCACCGGUACCAGACUAGACGGGCAGGAUGGGCGACUGGGACAGAACGAAGAGCGCUUGGCUGUGCCUGAGCGGCGUCCUGAUCUUGGGUGUCCAGAGUAUCGCAGCAUGGCGACCCCAGUUGGCGCUCUUUUGUGGCCGGGUCCCCCUUCACAUGGACCUCAUGAGAGGAGACUGGGUGGCGGAUCCCCGUGGAGUUCCCAGCUGCCCAGGAAGCAAUGAGGAAAUCCUACAGUACUGCAGACAGAUGUAUCCAGAGCUACAGAUCACGGGGGUGACAGAAGCCGCUCAGCCGGUCACGGUGACAAACUGGUGUCAGAAUCAAAAGCCUGAAUGCAAGCGUCGCCUCCAUAUUGUAGUCCCCUAUCUCUGCCUUGUGAAUGAGUUUGUCAGCGAUGCUUUGCUGGUCCCAGAUAAAUGUCGCUUCCUGCACCGCGAACAGAUGGACGUGUGUGAGAGCUAUCAGCACUGGCAUGAGACGGCUCGCACGGCCUGUGCCGCAGAAGACCUGGAUCUGCACAGUUACGGGAUGCUGCUGCCAUGCCGCCCAGAAAGAUUUCGAGGAGUGGAGUACGUCUGCUGUCCAACUCGUACACCCCACCAAGUGGAGCCCACAAGAGGACAGCCUGUCACCGAGCUUGAGCCGCUGGACCCGGACAGAGGGGAUGAUGUGGAGAUUGAAGAUGACAAUGUCGACAUCAUUGACGACGGAGGAGAGGACACUGCAGGGGCCAGUGAGGACCAGCACCCACCCAUAUGGGAUGACUACUUUGUGGGAAAUGGGGAAGAAGAGGAAACGACUAGCAGCGCCCCCACACAGCCACCAGAGGUUAAAGUUUCUCGUCCCACCGACGGGGUGGAUAUCUACUUCGAGUCACCACGAGACGGAUCUGAACACGCCAACUUCCUGCGAGCAAAAAUGGAGCUGGAGGAAAGACGUAUGAAGCAGAUCAACGAGGUUAUGAAGGAGUGGGCCGAAGCAGAUAAUCAAGCCAAGAACCUACCCAAGUCCGACCGUCAAGCGCUAAAUGAGCACUUUCAGUCCAUCUUACAAACCCUGGAGAGUCAGAUUUCAGCUCAGCGCCAGCGUCUGGUGGAGACACACCUGGGUCGGGUGGUUGCAGCUCUCAAUGAUAACCGCAGGGCGGCGCUGGAGAACUACUUGGCCAGUGUGCAGACCACACCCCUGGAUCCGGAGAAAGUUCUGCUGGCCCUGAAGAAAUACAUACAUGCGGAGCAGAAAGACCAGCGCCAUACGGUGCGUCACUACCAGCACGUCAGCAGCGCGGAGCCGGACAGAGCCGAGACCAUUCAGUUCCAGGUUCUGACCCACCUCCGCGUCAUUGAGGAGCGAGUCAACCAGUCCCUAUCACUGCUGUACCGGAACCCCCAGCUGACUCCGGAGCUACGGGAGCAGAUCGAGAGUUGGCUGCGCACAGAAUGGGUUGGAGCUAGCGAUCUCCUGAGCUCAACGCAGAAGAAGCUGAACGAAGACAGCGACUACCCCGAGAUGAGAGUGCCCUCCCAAAACUCCGCCGAGACGUCUCAAGGAGAGGAUUCCCAGCAGAUAGAACGGAAAGGCUCAGCGGUCUGGGACAUGUACUCAGAUUUCCCCCCUAGUGAGCGGACUAUUACUUUCCCAGGACAGAAGGAUAACGGAUCGGUAAAGCAGGUCCACUACCAAUCCGAAGACAUCCAGCGUGAUGAACUGGAACCAGACACCCUGGUCACGUUUAACCGAGGAGCUCUGAUUGGUCUGUUGGUGGUGGCGGUUGCCGUGGCGAUGGUUAUAAUUAUCAGCCUACUUCUUAUCAGGCGCAAGCCCUACGGGACCAUCAGCCACGGGAUUAUAGAGGUGGAAGCUUCCAGGACCCCAGAAGACAAGCACCUGAGCAAGAUGCAGAACCAAGGUUACGAAAACCCAACCUACAGAUACCUUGAAGAGAACAACUGAGCGACCAGGCCGGGUUUUAUUAUUUUGGGGCAAGGGGGAGGGGGCUUUACUUCAGGGGAGGUACUAUUGGAGGUGAGGUGGGGGACACGGGUAUACAGGGAAUAUUUACUAAAUUGGGAGCGAAUGAAACGGCGGAUUACCUGUUCCUCCCCCCAAGAACGAGGUCGCAGGAUAGGAGAACCGUCCACCCGAAUUCCGUCCGGUAACGCGUUGAGCACAACAGGUUAACGUUCUCGUCUCUCGCCCCUGUAAAUGCACUUAAAUUAUUUAUGACUGAGAAGGGAAAAGAGACUGUUCAGCAUUAACCUAUGGUUGUGGGAGACAUCUCAGCUAUAGCGCCCUCCCUCCUCCUCCUCCCCCCCAGCCCUAAUAUCCAUCGGAGAGACCAGCAUUGCAUUGCAGCAAACCCCAGGGGUCAGUGUGGUUCAUCGGCGUCCAGCUGUUUCACAACAUCCCGCCCCCCUCUAUAAUUUAUUUACUUUUCGACCCGUCCGCGGUGGGGUCCUUGCACGCCAAUAUCAUAGCAACCCGCCACAGGUAAUAAUUAUCCAUGUAUUGACCACCACCCCUUUUUCCCAUUGACUGAUGGUCCAGUGUUUCAAGACUUUAAUCUUUUUUUUAUCAAUAAUUAAUUUGCAUUUAAAGGGCAACUCCAUAAAAAGGAACCAGUCUACUGGUAGUUGCAGCAGUAAUCAGUGUCCCUACGUACAGCAUGGAUGUUUUUCUGUCAGCUCCCCGUGUCGUCAAAAUGUUUGGAACGUCAGUGACAACUACAUUUCUGGAGGUGGUCACAGACACGCCCACAACUAUUACUUCAGUUCUACAUAGCUAUAAGCGAGAUGAAUGGGGGCCACCAUUAAAAGAUAGCUCUAGAAAACAGCAUUGUUUGCUUCUGCAGUUACAACUGUGCCAGCCGUGAUGAUCAAUGCAUGUAUGAUGGAGUUCCCCUUUAACCAGUAAAUUUUAGGAAAGCCUAGGAGUGGAUUCAACCACUGGCCCCCUGUUGGUCACGAGAACAAAAUGACUGCCUCUACCAUAGGCAGUGGCCCCCUUUUUCCUAUAGGCCACUUUUCUGCCCGAUUUCGUUUAUUAUGCUCCCAUCUGGCUACGUGUCUAAGAGCGUGGAGAUAGGUGUUGUACAUACAUUUGUACAUACGCCAUUUUAGCCCUUUUUGGUUCCUUCUACGCCUCUCCCAUCAUACGACUACUUUACGAGACUAGAUUUUAGUUGUCAGUGUUGUAAAAAUUUGCAUCUGACUACGUUCUUAACCGCGUGACUCCAGACAUUAACCAUAGGCAUUAGGGGAACGGCUGUCCGCUCACGUACAAGUGGUCACUACGCCAAAAACAUUUCCCAUUGUAUUUUUCAUGGAAGUCAGCCACUGUAGGCGGCUUAAAAGGGGUGGCCCACAUUCCCCCAGCCAGCGGGACUUGUAAAGGUAACUAUACUUACCCGCUCCCCUACACUGUCCCAAAUUUUUGGGUCCCAGGCUCCCUUCAAUCCACUUCCAGUCCCUGCAUGUAAAUUUCGUGUAUGGACAGGGUCACAUGCGCCACUGCAGCCAAUGACUGGCCUCAGCAGUGGUGUCCUGCUUGAGAACGUCAACACUGAUGCCAGUCAUUAACUGCAAUGGCACAUGUGAUCCCAUCCAUACGGAAUAUUUACGUGCCAGAAGUGCAGUGAAGGAGCCGGAUACUAGCAGCAGGUAGGUAUAGUUGCCUAAAAAAUAAAAUGGACAACCCCUUUAAGAACAGGCGACUUCCAGUAAUGUUAUUUCGCUACCGAAUCCGGUUGGAACAGAAUUAGUAGUGCAUAUUUGCAAAAUUUCGGCAUAAACUAUCCAACGUAGACAAUUCCUAAAAACCGCAGUUGAUCUAAGUUUCGGCAUCGUGAUCGCGCCAUUUGUAAAAUCACCCGUGUGGAUCAGGCCUAGGGUCGCAGUUAAUGAUUUUGCUUCCUAAUCCUGUCCCUAACGCUACGAGCGCCAUGUAUAUUGUAGAAUUCGCAACUAGCGACCCGAUCGAUCCGCCCCAUGCCCAUCGACCACCGUAAAAGUGAGACGAAAGCGCGAUAUAGAGCUGUUCCGUACGGCAGGCGCAUCGCAAGCCGCCAAAACAGGAGGGAUCAUUUGCUCGCCAUCUUACAAAGCACGUGCGGUAAAUGGUUCUUGUAAAUACAGUCAUGGAAAUUUCCAAAGUGAAAAGUCGAGGCCUGCAAAUCCUAAUCAGUGCAUGUUAAUUACUGUACUCGUUAACAUGUCAAUGACCAGGAGCACAGGGCCUCAAUGAGUAGAAACCUAGGGGCAACCAAUCAGCUAGUUCAUUUUAUUGUCUUAGGCUGCCCUUGAAAAUGUAAGUUGAAAUCUGAUUGGAGCAGAAGUUCCCUAGCAACCAAUCAGAUUACUGGUUUCAUUUUUCAGUGUGGAAAAAGGCAGUAAUCUGAGUGAAGAGGCAGUAUCCAAUGGGAUUGUAGGUCUCAUGUUUCUAGGGCAGGAUUGAAAAUGAAAGAAGUGAUCUGAUUGGAUGCAUUGAGCCACCACUAUAGGCUGUUGCCUGAACUAGGUUUGGAACAUAGGGCCCAGUGCGCCUGGCAGGGUCACUGUUGUGUAUUCAGGGUGAACAUAGGGGCCACUACGUUCGCCAGUGUGACAUGACGACUGCUGAAUAUAAUCACGAUGAUACAAUUUUGCUGUAUUUUCAACUCUCACCAUCAAUAAAUAUUAACUUAAGAUAA